AUGGUUUUAUAUCGAACUGCAUUAGGUGAUGUUCAUAUUGCAUUAAUAUAUGAUAGAGAUAAAUACAGUUAUGGUCAUAAUAGACAAUGUAUUCGUCGUCCACCUAAGAAAAUACAUAGUAAAGAAUUAUAUGAUUUAGUGAUGGGUGAAAGUAAGAAAAAUGGUGGUAAUCUAUUGAAUCAUCGUGAAUUUAUUUUAUAUGAUGCAGGUCAAGCUUAUCCGGAAUAUGUUAUUUAUUUUCAUCGUUCAUCUAAAAAUGUACUUGAAUCAAGCAAUAUAGAAGAUUUUAAAAUAAAAUGUCUAAAUUUUUUAACUGAUACAUUUUAA